AGAGAGAGACCAAAAAAAGUAUUUAACCUUUUUCUAGACAUAGUCGCUGCAAUCAUGGUGUUUUAGUUGCUUUAUGGACAGAAUUUGCAGUCUCUUCUUUCCACAUUGAGUUUCUAUGGUGCGGAGAGAAGUCUGGCACUAUCUUGUUGUAGCAACACCGUACUGAAUGGAAAAUUAAAAAAUUUCUGAGCACCAUUCUUUAAUUAACCAAAAUAUGCUUUUUGUUAUUAGUCAAAAGCAUCUUCUAAUUUAUUGGGCGUGCGUAGAUGGGAAUCAACACUGUGGGUUCAUCAAUUUCUGGUCUUGAAGGUUGUCCAUAUGCUAAGGGUGCUUCUGGAAAUGUUGCCACUGAGGAUGUUGUUUACUUGCUAAAUGGUAUCGGAGUAAAGACCAAUGUGGAUCUUGGAAAACUGCUGUUGGCUGGAGAUUUUAUCUGCAAGCAUUUGGGACGGCAAUCUAACUCACAGACUGCAAUUGCCUUGAGUAAGAAAACAGCAAAUGCCUCCAAGCUUUAAGAUACAAGACCUAAGUCAUUCAUUACGAUACUGGCAUACUCGAAAAUUGUACUAGUUACUCUUUAACCCUGCUUAUUUGUUGUUGGAUUAGUGUUGCCAUAUCUCAUACCAUGUAAGUGAUCUAAUCUCAUUGAAUAAGUAAAACUUCUCUGGAAUAAAAUCUUUUGCAACUC